GCUCUCUUAUGUACUCCUCUUAUUUACUCUCUUAUGUGCUCUCUUAUUUACUAUAUUAUGUGCUCUCUUAUGUACUCUCCUAUGUACUCUCCUAUAUACUCUCCUAUGAACUCUCUUAUUUACUCCUCUAAUGUACUGUCUUGUGUACUCAUGUCAUUGUGUGCCACAUGAGAGCACACGCACGCCAUUAGGGUCGGGAAGUGGUCACCGCUACCGAAAUCGAUGUGGAAGACAUUGCUUGAUACCUACAUCUACACAGAACUGCAGACCUUACUGGCGGAUACCAAAAGACGUCCACCGCUGAACAAAGGCUCAAGAUUUAAGUGAACCCAGUGUACAGUGGUGAAUAAGAGUUUUAGUUCCGAAUUAAUUAUUAUAAAUUGAAAAUGUGUAAAAUGUGCUAGUUCACGAUGUCAACACGGCGGCGCUGCGGUCGCAUUACGUGACGUUUAUAAUCCAAUAUGGCGGACUUGGGUCCCGCCAAUUCUAUCAUCGAGGGUACUGUGAAGUUUCGCGAUGGAAAAAAGUGGAAAUCGCGAUGGUGCGUCAUGCGAAAGUUGUCACCAGUUGCAGACUGCGUCCACCUGCAACUCUACAAAGACUUAAAAGAACGUCAGAAGAAUGGUCAGACGAAGGCUUCACUCUCUCUCCAGCAGUACCUGGGCAUAGAGUCAGGGUUCACCCUGGACAAGGAGUCCAAUACCCUGGCAAUAUUGUGUGAGGAUGUCGUCCCGGUGCUGGCGUUUGAUACCAGGGAGAUCCUGAUACAGUGGAGGGUCAAAGUCCAACACAACCUAGGUGGCAGCAAAGAGUUCGCAGCGGUCAUCAUCUCGUCGCCCACCGGGGCCAACAUCCGCGCGGGCCCCGUCAGAUUGCACGCGUGCGGGCCCCGGCUAGCGCUGUGUGCGUCGCGCCCGCCCGAAGUGUUAGCGCUGUGGGACGUCAAAUUGCUCAGACGCUACGGCGUGGUCGACAAACGUUUCUGCGUGGAAGGUGGCUCUCGUUGCGGUAAAGGUGAGGGCCUCUUCAUCUUCGCGGCGGAAGGCGGCCGGGAGUUGACGGAGCUGCUCAACGUUUACAGCCAUGAGGCGCAGUCCAGGCUUAGCAUAGCUUCUAGAAGUGGAUCAGUUCUAGAAAAGCGUUUCUCAGACGCCAGUUCGUGCAUGGACGAGUGUUUCCACACAUCCAUGAGGUCUGUGUCUCCGUCGUGGGCAGGCCCGGCGAGUCAGACCAUGCACUGCUUGUCAGACCUGGACUCCAGCAUGGACAGCACCGAGGAGAAGUUCAGACGACCCACCUCGCUGCCACGGUGUUCCAGCUGCAUUGGGAAGAUCAGUCAUUUGACCAGAUCAUCAACAAUGAACACGCCAGGUUCCAUCAUGUCCCCAGUUUGGACAAUGGAUAACAUACUAGAAAAACGUUCAGACUCCGACCGAGCGUCAAUAUACUCUCGAUCCAGCGGCAGUGCCUCCGAGUACAGUGUACCACGCAGUGCGUGCCUUCUGGACAAGAGUUUCGAGUCCAAACGAGCUAGCCCUGUGGCUUGCUGUACACCAUCUGUGCCAGCCAAGACUGGAGGCAGUUGCCAGUGCUGGCAGCAGGUCAAACCUUGCUGCUGCAGAAAGAAGUCCUUCAGUGGGCCUUACGAGAACUACGACGUGCCCAAAACACCAAUGCCUUUAAUCCAGGAGCACCCAGUAGAUUCUCAAGCCGACCCCUCAAGUAUAUACGACACACCAAAGAAACUGAAAUGUCUGAUCAACGGGCAGCCGUGCACCUGCACACACGAAGCCAAAAACGUAGAGAACAAACAAACCGACAAUAACAACACAAGUGAUAAUAGCAAUACUAGCGAUACUAGCGUAAACAAUAACGAAGCCGAAACACAUUCCAACUAUGUCAACGUUACCCCAGUUGUAAAGAAACCAGUACCAGAGAUAGAUUUCGCAAACUACGCGAAUAUAGAUCUCUCGACUUUGGAGAAGUUCGAGAAUUCCCUGCAGAUCUUAAGGAGUGCAGGCUUCAGUCAGGAAGAGAUAGAUGCUCUCGAAGACAUUCCUGAACAUGACGAUGAUAUAUCAACAGCUACAACCAACACUGUUCAUCCGUCAACAGAGUGUUGUAACGAACACUUGAACUACAUGCACAUGGAACCUCUAGAGAUCAGCAUUUCUAGUAGCAAUAAGAAUUUUUCAGAUAAUGUGAGUCGGAUCAGUCACAUGUCAGAUCCUACUCAACAUUCUGAGUCAGACACUACGAUCAGUACCAGACGGUCGAGUUCUGCAGACUUUACUAAAAGACACGAUGAUGAAUAUGGUAUCAACAGCCAAAUCUGUUUCACGCCAACAGUACUACGAAAGGCAAUCAAAAGCGAUAGAAUAAACGAAGGAGUCCCAAUAAGUCUAGAAAUAGUUGAACCCAAAGACAAGUUCAAAGUACCGGAGCAGAAAAGCGAGAGUUUGCUUGUAACAAAGUUUAGAGACGCCGUCAAAAUAAGGCGUUCGUCUAGCGUUCCGAGCAAAUCUGACAAAAAUAGAGACUCGUCAAGUUCAAAUGAUUCUGGGGUCUCAACUGGUUCCUUAAAGCAUCAUAAGGGAGAUUUCAAUGAAUUUGAGAUGCCUAUCACCAGUUCUAAGUCAAUAAAGAAGCAUAUAAAGAAUAAUAAGCAGAUGAGGAAGUCUCUGACCCCAGUGCAUGCGUUUGUCAAGUCCAACUCAUCGGAUCCUUUGAAGAACUUGACAUUUCAGUUUGAGGAGGUGGCGACGCUGACGAAAUCUAACUCCUGCGAUGUGGAUACCUUGACCAGACGGAAGAAGAGACCUGUGGAGACAGACGCUACAGCGAGGCAUAGUCAGAUGACGACUAAAUCUACGUCCAGCGGUGCUUCUGAUACGUCAGACUACAUGGAGUCCCUGUCUGUGUCAUCAUUCAGUUCCUGCGAUGUGUCAGCCGAUAGGCACGUCACUAGGCCACGGUCCGGCAAGGAGUAUGCGAGCAUCGAUAGAACAGCACUAGUGUAGGACUUGCAAUGUUGGUGUAUUGGCCCAAAGCUGGUCUGAUUGGUGAUUCUGAUUUAUACAACUUGUACUUAUUUUUUCUUGUUUUUGAAAUAAACAUUGUAUUUUAAA